UAGUAGUUAGGUGGUGUUGUGCUCACACUCGUCGUGCGGGUGUGUGUCUGUGUGACCAUGGCCGAGAAGAAGGACGAUAAUCUCGGCUUCUGGACGCCGGGUAGCUACAUCCGUACAGUGAACAGACCGCAGGACUCGUAUAAGGUGUGUGAUGUGGUGGUGGAGUGUUUGAAGGACCGGGCGCGGCUGGAGCAGCGUUACGCCCAACAGCUCAACGACUGGAGCAACAAGUGGAAAAAAAUCACUGACUCCAGACCGAUGUACGGCUCUGUCCUGCGGGCGUGGCAGUGCUUCUUCUCCUCGACCGAGCGCCUCUCCACCCUGCACUCCGCCGUCUCCCACUCGCUGGUUUCGGAGGACGGAGGGCGCAUUCGGUCCUGGCAGAAGAAAGCCUUCCAAAAGAAGGCCUUCUACGGUUUCCGUGAGUCACAUGACCUGAAGAAGGAGUUCGCACGUGCUCAGAAGCCCUGGGUCAAACGGAUGAAGAAGCUGGAUAAAGCUGAGCAUGUCUACCACAGAGCCUGUGAGAAGGAGCUGAAAGUUCUGGAGAAGGAACGUCAGCUCAGAACCAACGAGAACCAGAACCAACGAGCUCUCACCAAGAUCCAGAACUCUGUAGAGAAAGCUCAACAUGAGAGAGAACGUGCACGUGAACGUUACGUGAAGGUUCUGGACAGUGUGUGCUCCUACACCCCGCGCUACAUGGAGGAGAUGGAGGCUGUUUUUGACCAAUCACAGGAGCAGGAGGGGAAGAGGAUCGGCUUCCUGAAAGAUACCCUGCUGUCCAUCCACUCACACCUCGACAUCACCAACAACCAGAGUGUGAAGGCGGUGUACAGUGAUCUGGCCCACGUUCUGACGGUGAUCAGUGAGGAGGACGAUCUGCGCUGGUGGAGGAACCAUCAUGGACCAGGAAUGAUCACCCACUGGCCCACACUGCAGGAAUGGGCUCCUCCCUCUAAGAAGUCGAAGCAUGUGAAGAAGCUGGGACUGGGAACAGGGACCGGGACCAUGCAUGAGAAAGUGACGAUGAUCGGCGGGGUUCAAGUCCGAGCUCUGUACGAUUACAGCGGUGAAGAUGAGGACGAGUUGUCAUUUAAAGCAGGCGAGGAGUUCCUGAAGGUGGAGGACGAAGAUGACCAGGGCUGGUGUCGUGGGGUCAAACAGGACGGAGUCCAGGGCUACUAUCCAGCCAACUACGUUCUACCGGUAGAGUGAUGUCAUCACCGUGUAGGGAUGAUGUCAUAACGGCAAAGCCUACACGGUCACGGCAAGUGUCAAGGUUGCCAUGGAAACUGUCGGUCCAUAUUGAUAAAGCGUGUGCAUCUGAAGGACUGGGAGUCACACACACACACACACACACAUGACGUUUUCUCUCUGUAAGAUCUGUGUUCGGUCAGCAGGGGGCGAUAAUAAAGAACUAAAUCUGAUAA